UUAUCAGAAUUUAAACAAAAAAGCACGUGCGUCGGUGCGUGCAUAUUACAAACAUUUUGCCUUUUUCUUGUCUUGUUACUUAUUGCAUAAAACUCAGCAGUUUCUGUUUUCUUUUUCGUAUGUUUAUUAGAAAAACUGAAAAUCGUUCCGUUCUUCUGUUUGUUCGUCAGAGAGGCUCGUACAGUCGCCAGUUUUAUGAGAUAACUGAUCAAUUUUCGUGCUGAUGUUGUGAAGUGGUCAAUCAAAAUUGCACUACUUUUACUUGAUUCAUUUACCAAUUCUUUCAAAUCAUCAUCGUCCGCUACUUCAUAGUAUUUCAUUGUAUAAUUCCGCCAUUCAUGAAGAUUUCGCGAUGUCUAUGAUGGCUGAUGAUUUGGAAUGCGAAGUACAGCCAAUCGUUCGUGCAGCAAUUUAUGUGAAAAUCGGAGAUAUCAACGUUACAGCAAUAUUGGACGAAACUUGUGUAAUUAAUGCUGUACACAAGAAAGUAUUCAAACGAAUUUGUUUGCAAGACAACGACUGUGUAUCAUACAACGAAGCUGAAAAUAUCGAAUUGAAUUUCACCAUCGAUGGAAGGCCAACGGUGGCGGUGUUUCGCGUUUUAGCAAACCUUUAUGCAGAUAUGACCUUAGGACAAGAAUUCUUCCAGUCUGUAAAAGCUCAUAUCCAUUUGGAAUUAAGAUUAUUGAAAUGGUCCUAUCAGGAUGAAUUGGUGAUAACCGACAUGGUCGAAGAUGACGCCAAUUUCAGAGCUUUAUCGGGCGGUAGCGAUGCUUUUGAUGAAGUCAAGUCGUCGGAAAAAGAAACGGAAACUGGCGAGCCGAUUGCCGAACCUGGCGGCAAAAAAAAGAAGAAAAAGAAAAAGAAGAAAUCAAAGAAAACUGUUCCUGAAAGCGAAGUAAAUAAUUACGCUCCGUCCACUUCAUCGGCUGCAGCUUCCCUCAGUAACGAUUUGCAACAGUUAACAUUAGGUGGCAGUAAAGCAUCGACGAAAGGUUCCAAGAAAGAUAAAUUCGUCAAAAUAUUUAUUGCUGAGCGCGAGCUGUGGGAUAUGUUGAGUGGAGAAUGCUUGGCGUACUACGCGAUAUAUUCUUCGCAAAAGAAAAUCUCUUUUGUAACGGGUGAAGUAUUAGAGCGUAAGGAAAAAACCCCGUUGGGCUUCCAUAUGGAAGCGUUUCAUAAUGCAUUUGGAGAAGCGGAAGAACAUAAGAUCAAGCAUUUACAUUUACUGUCGGAAAACGAAGAAGCUAUUCGAUUGAUGAAAGAGCAUCAAAAAAAAUAUGAAGAAGACGGUGAUAUGGAACCUGAGCAGUAUCCUCGAGCUAAUCUGUAUUAUCCAGACGAUUUGAUCAAUUAUUAUACUGCCUGCUAUGGUAUCCCUGGAUAUGAAUCCUUGAAAUUUGAGUACGUUUCUUUUGAAGACGAAACUUACGAAGAAAUGGUUCACGCCAGAGAACUUAUUGAAGAAUACAUGGAAAAUAUGUUACUAGAACGAAGUGAUAUAACAAUCGUUUUAAUUACUUUAUUAACACGAGAACAAAUUAUUUACAUCAUAACGAACUUAUAUUCGAAAAAGAACAUCUAA